AUGAUUUCGCUGAACCUCACUGUGCCGUUAGCGGUGGACUUCAAUGACGCUGCAGAUUAUUUAAUUUUUAUAGCAAAUCUACUAAUCGCGACCAGUGCUGUUCUCGUGGCUGGCUCGGUUGUGUUGGGUAUUAUUUGUAAACGAUCGCUACGAGCGCAGAACAGGUUUAUUUUCAUGCUGAACACCAGCGUCAGUGACACUCUGUCUGGGGUAGGCGGUUACUACAUCGGACUGUUUGAUGUGCAGGAGGGCUAUGCGUCCAGUAACGACACCUAUUACAUAGUGCCUAUGCUACUGAGUGUCAAUAUUAUGACCAUCUUGUUUUCACAGGUGGACCGAUUCCUUGCUGUAGCUUAUCCUUUUGUUUACACUCGUUUUAUAACUAGAACUGUAGUUAUAGAAGUUUGUUUUUUCGCUUGGUUUUACACGUAUUUACUUCUGACGAUUCUGAACCUCGUUACGUUCGAAGUGGUUACAAAAAUACGUGCAUAUAGCGUUUUGACCUUGCAGGCUAUAAUAAUCGCCAAAGUGCUGUUGAACGUGAAACUCUACCUCAUCGCUAAAUACCAGAUUGCUCGCGAACCGCCGGGUCCAGAGAGAGACAGCAAGAAAGAGUCCCUGAGACUCAUCAUCGUGGUGGUAGUCUGCUUCCUGGCGCUCUGGAGUCCUCGCUUUUACUACAUUAUGGUGCUUCAAAUGACUGGCUCCAGAUACAGGUUUAGAAACUACGCCAACGAUCCUUUCAGUAUGAUGUUAAGAUUCACUUCAACUAGUACCCCCGGACUGUACAUCUGGGGGAGCCCCGCUCUCAGGGAGGCUGUGCUGAAGACGGUGUGGGGGAGAGUCUGUCCCCCAUUAAAAAAAAGGCUCGUCUCAGACUACGAAAGAAAGUCCAAUCAUUCCGAAGGAAUACCGUGUGUGACCAAGGUGAACUGA